AUGCUGCUGUCGCUCACCUUCCUGCCCGUAGUUUUAAAGAUUAGCGUUGCCAGCGUCGCAGCUCAACAGCACGGGAACUGUCAGCCAGGUCCUCCCGAGAGAAGCGAAACUUUCACUUGUGCAGGUCCUGCACCCUUCCUAAUUUUCUCACAUGGAAGCAGUAUCUCCCGGAUUGACCCAGAAGGAACAAAUCACCAGCAAUUGGUGGUAGAUGCUGGCAUCCCGGCGAUCAUGGAUUUUCAUUACAAGGAGAAAAGACUCUAUUGGGUGGACUUAGAGAAACAACUUUUGCAAAGAGUUUUUCUGAAUGGGUCAAGACAAGAGACAGUGUGCCGUGUAGAGAAGAAUGUUUCUGGCAUGGCCAUAAACUGGAUAGAUGAAGAGAUUCUCUGGGCAGAUCAGCGGGAAGGAACCAUCACUGUGACAGAUAUGGAAAGCAACAGUUCCCAUGUUCUUCUGAGUUUCUUAAAACAGCCAGCCAAUGUAGCAGUGGAUCCAAUAGAGAGGUUGAUAUUUUGGUCUUCAGAGGUGCCCGGUAGCCUUCACAGAGCAGCUCUCAGUGGGGUGGACGUGAAAACCCUGCUGGAGACAGAAGGGAGGAUUGCCGCGCUGACCCUGGACCAAGUUGACAAGCGGCUCUUUUGGGCUCAGGACAGCGGAGAAGGAAGACAGGCUUACAUUCGUUCCUGUGAUUAUGAUGGUGGUUCCAUCCAUGUUAUCAAACAUCAAACACAGCACAGUUUGUUUACGAUGGCCCUUUAUGGUGACCGUAUCUUCUAUUCAACAUCGAAAACGAAGGCAAUUUGGAUAGCCAACAAAUACACCGGGAAGGACAUGGUUAGAAUAAACCUCAAUCCAUCCAUUGUGCCACCUGGACAACUGAAAGUAGUGCACCCACAUGUACAGCCUGGGGCAAAGGACGGUGCCCAGGGCUCUGACUCGGAACUUUGCAAACAGAGGAGGGGACAGUGCCACUACCGCCCGUGCGAGCGAAACGGCAAGUCCCACUCGUGCGCAUGCGCUGAGGGCUACACGUUAAGCCGAGACCGGAAGUACUGCGAAGAUGUCAACGAGUGUGCCUUUCACAACCAUGGCUGCACUCUUGGGUGUGAAAACACCCCGGGAUCCUACUACUGCACAUGCCCUGCAGGGUUUGUUCUGCUUCCUGAUGGGAAACGAUGCCACGAACUUACUCCUUGCCCAAGCAACGCAUCUGAAUGCAGCCACGGCUGUGUUCUGACAUCAGAUGGUCCCCUGUGUAUCUGUCCUGAAGGUUCAGUGCUUGAGACAGAUGGGAAAACGUGCAGUGGUUGUUCAUUGCCUGAUAAUGGUGGAUGCAGUCAGAUCUGUCUUCCUCGCAGCCCAGUGUCCUGGGAAUGUGGUUGCUUUCCUGGGUAUGACCUACAAUCGGACCAAAAGACCUGUGCAGCGUCAGGACCACAGCCAUUUUUACUGUUCGCAAAUUCUCAAGACAUCCGACACAUUCAUUUCGACGGAACAGACUACAGAACUCUGCUCAGUCAGCAAAUGGGAACCGUCCUUGCCCUAGAUUAUGAUCCGGUGGAAAACAAGAUAUAUUUUGCACAGACAGCCCUGAAGUGGAUAGAGAGAGCUAAUAUGGAUGGCUCCCAGCGAGAAAGACUUAUCAAGGAAGGAGUAGACACACCAGAAGGUCUCGCUGUGGACUGGAUCGGCCGGAGGAUCUACUGGACAGACAGUGGGAAGUCUCUCAUUGAAGGGAGCGAUUUGAGUGGAAAGUAUCGUCAAAUAAUCAUCAAGGAGAACAUCUCAAAGCCACGAGGAAUAGCUGUGCAUCCAAAGGCCAAGAGACUGUUCUGGACGGACACAGGGAUGUAUCCGCGGAUUGAAAGCUCUUCCCUUCAGGGUUCUGGCCGGCUGCUGAUAGCCAGCUCUGAUCUCUUGGAGCCCAGUGGAAUCACAAUUGACUACUUAACAGACACUUUGUAUUGGUGCGACACCAAGCAGUCAGUGAUUGAAAUGGCCAAUCUGGAUGGUUCCAAACGCCGAAGACUUGCCCAGAAUGAUGUAGGUCACCCCUUUGCUGUAGCCGUGUUUGAGGAUCACGUGUGGUUCUCGGAUUGGGCUAUCCCCUCGGUAAUAAGGGUGAACAAGAGGACUGGCCAAAAUAGGGUACGUCUCCGAGGCAGCAUGCUGAAGCCCUCGUCACUGGUUGUGGUCCACCCAUUGGCAAAACCAGGGGCCGAUCCCUGCAUACACAAAAACGGUGGCUGUGACCAUAUCUGCCAAGAGAGCUUUGGAACUGCUCAGUGUUUGUGUCGUGAAGGUUUUGUGAAAGCCCAGGAUGGGAAGAUGUGUCUUGACCAGAAAGGUAGUUAGUUACUGGCUGGUGACAACGCUGAGCUCAGUCACGAGGCAACAUCGUUGGACAACAUAAUUAGGACGGAAGCCCCAGAAGAUAACAGUAUAGAGUCCCAGCACACCUUAGUGGCCGAAAUCAUGGUGUCAGGUACGACCUAUCAAGAUGACUGUGGCCCUGGGGCAUGUGACAGGCAUGCUCGCUGUGUCUCAGAGGGAGAGACUGCUGCGUGUCAGUGUUUGGAAGGCUUUGCUGGGCCUGGAAACGUGUGUUCCGAUAUAGACGAGUGUGCGCUGGGCAGCGCGAGGUGUCCCACCACUUCCUCCGAGUGCAUCAACACGGAGGGCAGCUACGCCUGCAGGUGCUCAGAAGGCUAUGAAGGAGAUGGAAUCAACUGUCUUGAUAUUGAUGAAUGCCAGCAGGGGGCGCACAGCUGCGGCGAGAAUGCCAAGUGCACCAACACGGAGGGAGGCUACAACUGCACUUGCAUGGGCCGCCCAUCUGCACCUGGACUGGCUUGCCCUGGCUCUACUUCACCUCCUAUCCUUGGGAAAGAUGAUCGCCAUUUGGUCAGAAAUAGCAACUCAGAAUGUCCGCCAUCACAUGACGGGUUCUGCCUGCAUGGUGGUGUGUGUAUGUAUGUUGAAGCAGUGGACAGCUACGCGUGCAACUGUGUCGUUGGCUAUAUUGGGGAGCGGUGUCAGCACCGAGACUUGCGAUGGUGGGAACUGCGCCACGCCGGCCAAGGGAGGGAGCGCGACAUCACUGUGGUGACUGUCUGUGUGGUCGCGCUCGUCCUGCUGCUCUUCUUGGGGAUCUGGGGGCUUUACUACUACAGGACUCAGAAACCGCUCUCGGAAACCCCAAAGAACCCCUAUGAAGAGUCGAGCAGAAGCGCGAGUAGUGAUGGACCUGACCGCAGCAGGGCUGGGAUGUCUUCUUGCCCCCAACCCUGGUUUGUGGUCCUAGAGGAGCAUCAAGACCCCGAGAAUGGGAGUCUGCCUGUAGCUGACCCGAACGGGCCCACAGUGGACGCUGGCCUGUCUUCCAGCCUGCAGCCUGGGUCAGUGCGUCUGACUUCAUGGAGACAGAAGCCCCACAUAUAUGGAAUGGGCAUAGGGCAAAGCUGCUGGAUCCCACCACCAAGUGACCAAGGUCCCCAGGAAAUGGAGGGAAACUCCCAUUUACACUCCUAUAAGGAAUGGCCUCUAGCCGCGGGGGUUGAGAAGCUUCAUUCUCUCCAGUCAGCUAACGGAUCAUGUCAACAAAGGGCCCCAGAUCCACCACACCAAACAGAGUGAGUUCAGUGGAAACCGGAAGUGGACAGAAGAUGAAAGAACAAACCAGGCUGGCGGACGGGAUGUUUUCUUUUAAAAAGUAGAGUACGACGUGUAGAUAUGGUACUCCAAUUUCUAUGGCUAAUCACCACUCAGUGUCCUGAAUAUAGAUGCAUAGUUACAUAACUGAUUUUUGCUGCAUCCUCCAAGGAGUCCCAACUGAAGACUUUCAAAAGAAGAGUCAAAAAAAUUAUUAGAAACCAAAGUCAAGACAUUCACAUGUUGUAAGCUGUGUCUUCUUCAAUAGAUUUUUUUUGUUCCUUUCCUUAUUGCCUCAGAAGAAAUAGUUAGAGCAGAUGAUUACAUGUUUUGUCAAUUGCAAAAAAGUUUAUAUGAUCUACACAAAAACCUUAGCUCAUGAAAUGGUUGGAACAUUGUGACUAUUGAUGCAAUACACUAUACGCAUUUAAUUCACUACUGGAGUGGCCUAUCCUCAUUAUUUUGCCUUCUGGAUUGUGAUAAAUUAGUGAAAAUAAUUGAAACCUAGAAUAUGAUUUAUUCAGAAUUAAAUCAUUUAUUUUUUGUACUUUAAAACCUGUGAAUGAAAAUACUUCAUUUCAAAAACAUUUCCUAAGAGGCAUCAGUGUUUCUUAGUCAUUAAUGUCUUUUCCUUUUGGCAAUCUUUCCUAGGGAAAAUGAUAAAUUCUGGUGUUUGCAUAGAAUUUUUGACUUGUUUUAAGAUGUGAGAUUGUAAGGAGAUUGCUUGAUUUAUUUCCAUCAAUGUCCUCCAGCUAAAUAAAA